UUCAAUCUAUCCCCAUUCUUUCCAAUCGUACCCUUGAAGUCUCCAAGUUCAGUGACACCAUGACUGCCACCAAAUCCAACGGGUCGGGCGCCACCGUUAACGUCCUCUUCGUGUGUUUAGGAAAUAUCUGCCGUUCCCCCAUGGCCGAAGGCGUCUUCCGCAACGUCGCCGCAUCGCACCCCCUCAUCGGAGAGAUCGACUCCGCCGGCACAGGUGCCUACCACUCCAUGGAACCUCCCGACUCGCGUACCAUGUCCACCCUGCGCAAGCACGGAAUCACCGACUACAACCACGCGGCGCGCAAAGUUACCAAGCAGGAUUUCCUGACCUUCGACUACCUGAUCGCCAUGGACACGUGGAACCUCACCGAUCUGCUCGAGUUGCGUGAGGCCGUGGCGAAGAAGUCUGGCGAGGACAAGGUCGCCGACGUGCGGUUGUUUGGGGACUUUGGGCCUGGUGGCAAGCUGAACGAGCGCGUCGGCGGCGGCGAGGUCGUCAAGGACCCUUACUAUGGGGGUGUGAAUGGCUUUGAGGAGGUUUAUAAACAGGUGACUCGAUUCUCUAAGAGCUUUGUGGAGCAUUUGGAGAAGAACCAGCAGAAUUAGGUGGUGGUGGUGGUGAGUUGAUUGGAUUUAUGUGUGUUCCCCGCCUUACCCUGGAGGCUUUUUUUCGGCGGGGUUGGAGUAGUAGUAUACCCAAUGGUCAUGGAGGCAAGAUCAUGAUAGACUAGUGAUGUUUUUUAAGCUGAGAAUAUAUGAAGAACC